CAAGUCCAUGGAGGAGCACGUCAAGCAUCUUGAGGAGGUCUUGCAAGUCCUCAAAGAUGCUCAACUGCACCUCAACUUGGAGAAAUCUGAGUUUGGCARGGACAACGCCAUCUAUCUUGGGCACCGGUUGUCUGUGAGCGGCCUUGAGCCGGAGGCAACCAAGGUUAAGGUCAUCCGCAACUGGCCUCAACCGGCAAAUGUACGCGAGCUCCGUUCUUUUCUCGGUUUGGCUUCUUACUAUCGGAAGUUUGUGCCUAAACUCUCUGUCAUUGCUCAUCCACUCUCACGCCUGACUAAUAAAAAUGUUGCCUACGCGUGGUGUGAAAAGUGUGAGACUGCGUUCMRAGCCUUGAAAGAGGCUUUGGUGAGUCAUCCUGUGCUCCGCAUUGCGGAUCCCAACCUCACGUUCGUAGUCACUACGGACRCGAGCCAGUUUGGGAUUGGUGCAGUGCUGCAACAAGAUGAUGACGAUGGCCUGCGUCCGCUUGAAUAUUACAGCAAACGCAUGCCCAGCCACAAGGUAGUCACUUCCACAUACAUGCAGGAGCUCUACGCCUUGCGCGAGGCGCUCACACAUUGGAAACACUAUCUCUCAGGUUGCCACUUCAAGGUCUACUCAGAUCAUCAGACCUUGCAGUGGAUUAAGACACAAACCGAUCUUUCUCCAACGCUGACCCGCUGGUUGCAUGAUAUUGAUGUCUUCGACUUUGAAUUGAAGCAUAAGAAAGACUGCUAUAAUCGUGUUGUUGAUGCUCUAUCGCGCCAUCCUGAGUAUUUGACUUGCCUGGUGGAUUCGUGCGACCUCCGCAGGAAACUGAAGGAGGAUCUGAUCGAACACACCGCCAAGGAUCCGGACCUUAGUCCCAUCCUUGAGCAACUUAAGGCUGACCCCAACAACCAUCCUGAUUUUCAUGAAUGCGAUGGUCUUGUAUUCCGCCAGUACGGGAAAUUUGAUCGCUUGUGUGUUUCUAACCAUGCGCCUCUCCGGACUCAUUUCCUGGAUUUGGCACAUGGUCGGAGUGGGCAUUUCGGCUUUGAGAAGACUUCCAUAAGUCUUCUCCAGCAGUUUGAUUGGCCAGGAAUGAAGGGAUCUGCUCAGAAAUUUAUUGCUGAGUGUGAAGUCUGUCAGAGAACCAAGGUCCACAGGCAUAAGCCUUAUGGCCUGCUGAGACCUCUCCCAAUCCCUGAUGGCCCCGGGGAAUCGGUCUCUAUCGAUUUCACGGACAUGGGAAAGGUGAGUACGGCAGGGAAUUCACAAGUCAUCGUCAUUGUGGAUCGCUUCUCUAAAUUUAUGAAUCUGAUUCCUCUACCUCCUCAUGCACCGACUGAACUGGUGAUCGAAGAGUUUCACCAGCAGUACAUUCUGCAGUAUGGGCCCCCGAAAACUCUUGUGAGUGAUCGGGACACYAGGUUCAUCAGCAAGGAUUGGAAGGACUUCACUGCCCAGAUCUAUGACAUCAAACUGAACAUGACUUCUGAUCGACACCCCGAAGCCAAUGGAUUGGCUGAGGAAAUCAACCAGAUUGUCACCCAGCUGCUGCGCGCAUUGAUCGUGCCAGAUCAGAACACAUGGGAUAAGGACUUGCAUAAAGUAAAGGGGCU